UGGCCUGGGAUGGCCGCCCCAGGCCCUUCGCUGCCCGGGGCAGCCGCCAUCCGCAUCCUGUCCCCACCCCAGGCCAAGGGUGCAGCCUGAGCUGACUGGCUCCGGGAGAGGAAGGGGGCCCCCACUGGUGUGGACAGAUGCUGGGGGUCACGUGGGCUACUGUUUCCCGAAAUGCUGGAGCCGAUUCGGUUCACAGGAGGCAGAAUCCAGAAUGCAAGACCAGGGAGGCAGCGCGUGGCACCAUUGCAGAUGCUGUCACUGUCCCUUUGUGCAGAGAAGGAAACGGGCUCGGAGAGAUACCUGACUUUCCCAAGCUCGCACUGCAAGCGUACGGCAGAAAAACACGCCUUUGAACUCAGGCCACAAGAGGGAACAGGGCCAGCCCAAGUCCAAGGGCCAGGGCCCAUGUCCCCCUAAACUAUUCUUAGAGGAUGGUCACUCAGGUCCCACCCAAGUGCCUGCCAUGCUGUUCAACUUGGUCAUCCCUGAGUUCUGGGAAGUGACUUCCUGGCCCUUCCAUGUGGCAGGCAUCCAGAAACAAAGGUCCCAGAACCUUCCUCUGACCAUCCUCCCUUCCUCGGGGUUAUUUUGUUUUUCCUGGUUCAUGGGCAAAAAAUCUCCAAGAAAGUGGCUGGGUCGGCAAAGGUUCCAGGCUGGCCAGGAGAGGCGUGUUGCUGUGUACGCUGGGGGCUGGGGGCAGAGUGCUGGGGACCUGCUGGGGAGGGGAGGGCAAGGGGCUCCCACGCCUGUGUCACCUAAACCCCGCACCUCCCCAAGGUGCUCGUUGUGGCUGCACCUGCUUCCGAGUCACCCCCGUUGCUUCCUCCGCUGGCCUUGGGAAGAUCUUCCCUUCUGCCUUUGCAGCCUGCAGCCGUACCUCCCAGUCCCCCCUCCCCCGACCCUCCCCUCGCAGCAUCCUCCAGAAAGGCUGUGCUCUCCUCACUUGGAGACCUUUGCCCCUGCUGUCCCCUCCCCCGGGAUGCUAUUCCUCCGAUCUCCACCUGCCAGAUGCUUCUCCUCACACUUGCGAUCCUCCUUCACAGGGAGGACUUCCCAGAACACCCGCCUGAGCUCCCCAACAGCAUUUGCCCCCUGGCUUGGGGUUGCCAUAGCAACAGGAAGACACGGUGCUCUAGACGCAGGUGCCCAACUAUCAAGGUGGCACCUCCAUCUGAGUGUCACAAAACGGAACCUCCCGCUGCCCCUCCUGAAAUCACACUGCCCUCUCGUCUUCUCGCCUCAGGAAUGGUGCCACCCCCCACCCAGGGGCUCAGGCCCGAACCUAGGAGGUGCACUGGGGUCAUGGUCCCUCGCCCCGUACGGCCUGUCCAUCAGAAGUCCUGUCGGCUUGAUGGCAAAAUACAUCUCAAACCCGUGUUCUCAUUGCCACCUUUCACCCGCCGUCACGGUGCAGGAGGCCACCACCCCACUGCCUGGGCCCUGGCACCCGUCUCCUCCCUGGUCUCUCGGCUUCCGGCUUUGCUCCACCCCACCCACCACGGUCGGAGGAAACCUUCUCAAAGACUAGAAAAUAAAACCAUGUCACAGCCCUGCUCGAAACCCUCUAGGACUCCCCAUUCGCCUUACAACAAAAUUCCUCCUCCUCCAAUGUGGCCUCUAAGACCUUGUGUGAUCUGACCUUCGCCCACCUCCUUAACCUCAUCUCUGCCCUCUUCCCUCCUGGGCCUGAACCAGCAAGCUCUUUCCGGCCCCUAGGCAGACACUUGCCGUU